UAUUUUUAAAUUUUGCUUUAUAAAAAUAGUGUUUUCUCACGAGUGCUGUUGUAUUUAAUUUUAAUUUUAUCUUGUGUACAACAGUAUCUGUCUUUUUUUUAUCUUUCUCUCUUUAUUACGGAUCCGCGUGUGGUUGAACCGAGCGGUACGACGGUACACCACUAAAGGACACGGCCGUGCCGUCAACGAAUAUUUUGAUCUGUCGUUGUCCACUUACAGGAUUCCAGGCUCGUGUACCUAUAUACGUACACUAAAAUCAGGUGUACGGAUAAUAAUAGCGCACAGGUGCGAAACGCGUCUCGGUUUAGCCUUGGACGUUCGGGACUGGUUUCCAGCCACGCGAAUUUCGCGGGCUAUUUACGGUUUUGUUUUUGAGUGAGGAGCGAACACAACUUGUGUUUAAACCGUCCGAAAAACGAAUAGAAAUUGGUUUUCGCGUGUCUGACGGCGUUUGGUGAAUAUCUAACGUAGUAUUUAUCUGCGCGCAAGUGUGAAUGUGUGUGUGUGUGUGUGUGUGUCGUGCGAGCGUCGUCAGUGGAAACGAGCUCUCUAAUCGGCUAUUCAUUGACACUUAUGCACAACUAUUUCACGAUGAGGUGUUGCGCGCUCAAGUUUUCGGCGUUUGUUUUUCGUUCCGCCUCAAGGUCGUCGUCGCCGCCGAUGUGUGAUGGUGGUGCCCCGUUUCGCACGCCAAUUUUGUAUCGUUUACGGCGUUCGUAUAGGUUUUCUGUCUCGCCGAUCACGAAAAAUAAAACCAAACAGUCGAGUUUGAUCGUGCUUCUCGCAGUCACCGUGUGUUUCUCAAGAAUACGUGCAAUGAUCACCAGUGGUCUCGUGGUGGACGGCGUUAGCCACGGACUUCAGGCCCAUUUGCCGUAUAACCACCAGGCUGUUCAUAACCACCACCGUAUGUCAUAUGUGGAACCGUCGGCGUACAUGAAAUCGGUGGGGCCACCGCCACCUUCGCCACAGCAACAACAGCAACAACAGCAACAGUCUUCCGAACUGCCAUCCACGCCAGAGUUCCUGCGGCCGCUGCCGAAACCGGCACCCGUGAACCCUCUAAAGGCGCCUCGGGCGUCGUCAAAGUACGCAGUGGAUUGCCGUCCGGUCAACCUGACGGCCCCCAAAGAACCGUUGCCACCGCCGUCGGUUGACCACCACAUCAGGAUGGACGAACGGCACCAUCCAUAUAUGUACGGACAUCCUCGGCUCUACGUCAGCGCGGCGGCAUACCACCCGUACCAUAACAUGCACCAACCACCCGCACCAUACGGUGUGUACACUAGCCCGUACGCGCCUGUCAUCCCGCGGGAUACCAGGCACCAUCUGAUGCAGCCGCCGCAAGAACGAAGGUACCCGAGUCCACCGAACAAGAACGGCGGUGUUAACCUCGGGAGUCGGGCUAGCCCAUCGUCGUCGCCUCCCGAACAGUUCAAAGUUCCGAACGGUAGAGACAAUAAACCACCCCUACAGCUGCAACAGCAGCGAAUACUACCACCUCCCCAACCGGCCACUACAGUAGCCACCGCCCCUGCCGUCAACCACAACAACAACAUUAAUAACAACAACAUCAAUAACAACAAUAACCAUAUAGGCGCAGUCGCUGAACCUUCGCCAAAGAAACUGCGACGCAACACGCCGGAACCGCUGUCACCGCCAGCGGCCAAGACGUCAAACUUCACCAAGGGUUCGCUUAUACGGUUGGCUAACGGCAAUAUAAAAAAGGUCGAAGACAUGAGAACCGAAGACUUUUUGAACUCUGUGGAGAAUAGUGACCUGCACAGGAUCGAUCCUAGUACGGUGGUGAGAAUCGAACCCGUGACGGAUUCGGCGGUCAAAGGCAACAUAAAGAUCACACUUAGCUACGGUGACCAAAGAAAUCAGCAGAUCGGCAGUGACAACAAAAAGACGAAUUCAGUGGCGACCAUUGCGGCCGCGACGUCCAAGUCACAUCAGGUGGAAAUGGAGAGCGGCGCAGAACACCCGUACUUCGUGUUUGGCCGGGGCUGGGCGUCGUGGAGCCCGGCCAAGACACUGGCCAAGUACGGGCUGACGUGCCAGCGGCUGCAGGUGGGCGAUGUGUGCGUGUCGCUGACAAAACGAUCGUCGGCGGUGGCCUCCGACUUGACGACAACGACCACGACAACGCCACCGCACGGAAAACGACGGCAGCAGCAUAGCGUCUCUGUAGCCGUACAACAGCAACAACAAAAUCUCCAUCAUCUCCAUCAACAUCAUUCAACGGCUGCUCAAAAAGCUCAGCUGCAGCUGCAGCAACAGUCUGUGGACGACGACAAGAAUAGCAGGAACAAAAGACGGUGGUCCGCCCCUGACCCAGAGCCCGGUACUUAAGAGCACAGUUUAUAAGAAGAAGACGACAAAUCUCUGUGCCUAAAUGUUUUUUUUCCGCGUCUCGGUCUUUCACAAAUUUUAUGAUCGCGUAAACGACGUUCACGUCUUACACAUUUAUGCUAUCGUGUCGCGUUGAUUUUUGUAUAUUUAUUAAUAUAAAAUAUUUGUACGCGCGAGAUUUUACGGGACAAAAGCGACGUCCAAAAAUCUUCUAGUCUCCUACCCCAUCCUCCUUUUUCCUUCCAUCAACGACGUGACAUAAUGUUUCGUUUUGUUUUUUGGACACUUUUAUUGUUUUCGCCAUGCCCAACCCGAAUCGAAUUGAUUCCAGUCUCUCGUGGUGGUGUUUAGUUUGACAGUUUUGUAAUGAUUCCAAACUUCGCGUUCGCAGUUACUUUUACUUCAAUAUAAUGUGUAAUCGUAAUAAGACUGAAAUUUCUUGGAAGGUUUCGAGAGAUUGUUUUGCAUAUUUCGAACACUCAUGGUACAUUAAUAAUUAUAACCACGCGAUUUUUGGCCAGUGAGGAUCAGGGCAGGAACAACUAAAAACUAAAAAAACAAACCGUAAUGAUAAACUUAAGGAUUCACUCGUUUUCUCUCAAUAUUGUGGAACAUAUUUAAAUAAAAUUUGUUAUGUGUAAAAAUGAGAAAUACCUAUUUUUAUCAUCGUUAUUUUGUUAAAAACUCAAACAAAAAUUUAGAUACAUGUUAUACAUUCACUAUUAAAAGUCUAUAAAAUGUAUUUUUUUUUCGGAAAAAACAAUGUAAAAAUCAAUACUUAUAUUUCGUGUUUAAUUGUCUAUAAUAAUAUAUGUAAACCACUUUUUAAUAUUAAUACGCUUAUAACUAAAUGCCAUACAUUAUAUUGUGUUAUUAUUAUGUAUAAGUUUGCAGUAUUUCAAAAGCUCUAAAUUUAUUUCUGGAUAGAAUGAUCUCAUCGCGCGUAAAUGAACAAAUUUUUUUUCAAAAAAUUUUAAUUUCUCCUGUCUUUCUAAAUUAAAAUUUUUACGCAUGUGAUAUUUUAAAAAUGAGGUGGAAAUGACCUUUUGAUUUUAUAUUAAAAUAAUUAUAAUGGUAUAUAUAUUAUAAAAUAACUUAAAAUAAUAUUACUAUAUACGAACAUUUGACUCUCAAGACUAUAGUUAAAAAAUAAUAUAUUUUUACUAUGAUAAUUUUCUUUUAAUAAUUAUUAAUUAUAUACUUAUAACUAUUUUUGUUAAAAAUCUGAUAAGUUGAAGAGACUGAUAAGUACAUGAUAAUCGCGGUUGAGUUUAACCACUUAAUUAUUAUAUUUUUUCUCUCAGGUCUAAAGACUGUAGAUGUGAAAUUCUUUUUACCUCUCAACGAUAUGAUAUUUAUUUAUUUAUUUUUAGCCCAUGCUUUUUCAUGCACAUAUCCUCAUUUUGCAUAAUGUAUAAAUUAUAAUAUUUAAACGUAUUGAUGUAUGAUUGAAAAUAAAAUUGCCGAUUUGUAUUUAUAUAUUUUAUUGUAUAAAGUGAUACAAAAAUGGCAAUAAUACUUACCAGAAUGUUAUUUUUAUUUUUUUUUAUUACUUUACCUAUAUAUUAUAUGUGUAUAUUGUAUACAUGUUUAUAUUUUUUAUGUUUUUGACUAUUUGAUAUUUUACAUGUAUCGGAUUAGUUACAAUGUUUAUUACCUUUAAAACGUGAACUUUGAUUGUAUUGUGUUAAAAAAAAAAUAAUAUUUUGUUGAGUCUAUAUUAUGUACAGAUCAUACUGCAUUGUUUUUCUUUUUUACACUCGUUUAGACCAUAUAUACUUAUUUAUAUUAUAUGUUUAUUUUAAUUUAUAAAGGUGUCCUAAUAACAUAUUAUGCCAUAGUUGUCUUAUGGAUGAUUACAUUAUAAUUUUAAAAUUUAUAACCAUAUGCGUUUGUUGUACGUUCGUAGCAUGGUUACAAUUUAAAACAUGAUGAGGAUGUCAGUGCACCAUUUGUUUUCUCUCUCUCUCUAACCUACGUACAAGUGUGCAACAUAACAUUAUUUGCAUAUACAGGAGUAUGCUGUUACCUUUAAUAUUAAAGUGAAUUGUGACUUAUUAUCAAACUUAAAGAUAGAAACGUUAUCUAUGUUUAUGCGUUGGAUCGACUUGUCAUCUUGGAUUGUUUACGAUGUUUUAAUUGUUAUGCAUGUUAUGGCGUAUGUAAAAUAUUAAAAUUUAAAAAUGCUCAUACAUAGCAGAAACAUUUCAAUAUUGUAAAAAGCUAGGUAAUACAAAUACAGAUAAUGUUCUUAAAUUUAACUUUGAAUAAAGAUCAAUACUUAAAUUUACAUUUUCGAUGUUGCGUACGGGUCAGAUAAUUUACUCGGACAAAUGGUGUGCUAACGUCCUCGGAAAUGCGUGGGAGUGCUUGUACCAAGUUAUAAACCUAUGAGAGUUCUGAUCGUUCAGUAUAUAUUUGUAUUUUAAUUAUUGAAAAAUGUCUUCUUGCGUAUACUCUAAAACUCUGUUCUGUGAAGAAGUAAUAGUUAUCAAAGCAUGUGCAUUUCUCAAAUAAAUUCAACCGUAUGACUUUCA